CUCAUUCCAGCACGGUCGAGCCUGCCGGGAGGGGGUUUCAUCUGAACAGCUCCGUAGCAAUCAUUUCAUUUGGAAACUUGAUCAGAAUUUAUAUUUAUAGCAAGCAACGUCUUUUUAUUUAUUUAACGUAAACGUAAUCCUCUAGGUAGCUUUAUAGAUAACCGUCGAUUCAAGGUAGUAAUUUUUACAAAAAGUAAAGCUUUAACGUUACGGGAUAGCCGGCUGUGCUAACAAAGAAAAUCCUUUCUCUUCAGAAAUAAUCCCCCACUACUCUCUUUAGUUAUGAGUCAUGUGGUCGUUGAUAAUCCACACGGUCUAGAUCAGCAGCUUGCUGCCCUAGACUUGAACUCGGCUGACGGACAAGGUGGAGGAACUGGCAGACGUUACAUUCCACCUCACUUGAGGAACAAAGAUGCUCCCAAAAAUGCAGGAAAUGCUUAUUCCGCUGGUAGACAGUGCGGUUAUUCAGUGGCACCAGUAAAUUUCUUUUCUUCUAAGCAGUGCCCCCAACCAUGGCAGGCAGAGUGUCAGCAAAGACACAGAAAUAACUAUACUUCAGGAUGGGAUGACUGUCAGAUUGGUUACCCAAGACUGGCCUCUCAAGAGCUUGCCUUUUACCAUGCCUACAGUGGGGAUUGGCGAAACCGAUGUGAUUCACCUGGAUGGGAUGCCGGACGCACCAAUGGCUUUGUGAAUGGUUACCAUGACAACCGCACAAACGGGGGCUUUGGAGGGCGUGGACCCCCUCGCACUGAUAGAGGUGGGCGCGGUGCCUACCGUGGUAACAGGGGUGGAGGGUUUGGCACUUAUGAAAACAAAGAGGGCAGCUGGGGAGGACCUCCCAGGGAUGCGGCCUACAACAGCUUUGGCGGACGUUCUGAUAGGUCCAAGUCUGCCUUCUUCAAUGACCGUGGGGCAGGCUCAAGAGGAAGAUAUGAGCGUGGGGGUUUUGCUGGUGGAGGAAAUAGCCGCUGGGUGGAGGAGUCCAGAGAUGACGACUGGUCCAAGCCCACAGCUCCCAAUGAGCGUCUGGAACAUGAGCUUUUCUCUGGAAGUAACACUGGCAUAAACUUUGAAAAAUAUGAUGAUAUUCCUGUGGAGGCUACUGGAAGCAGCUGCCCAACCCACAUUGAAAACUUCCAUGACGUGGAUAUGGGUGAGAUUAUCAUGGGGAACAUCACCCUUAGUCGCUACACUCGCCCCACCCCUGUCCAGAAGUAUGCUAUCCCAAUCAUCAAGUCCAAGAGAGACCUGAUGGCCUGUGCCCAGACUGGCUCUGGUAAGACUGCUGCCUUCUUGCUCCCUGUGUUGAGUCAGAUCUACACCGAGGGACCAGGAGAUGCUCUGCAGGCUGCCAAAAAUAGUGGACAGGAGAAUGGACGGUAUGGCCGCCGUAAGCAGUACCCAAUCUCCCUUGUCCUGGCCCCCACCAGAGAGCUGGCAUUGCAGAUCUAUGAUGAGGCGAGGAAGUUUGCCUACCGCUCACGGGUGCGUCCCUGCGUCGUGUACGGCGGUGCUGACAUCGGCCAGCAGAUCAGGGACUUGGAGAGAGGCUGUCACCUGCUGGUAGCCACACCUGGGCGUCUGGUUGAUAUGAUGGAGAGGGGCAAGAUCGGGCUGGACUAUUGCCACUACUUGGUUGUGGAUGAGGCUGACCGCAUGUUGGACAUGGGUUUUGAGCCACAGAUCAGACGCAUUGUGGAGCAAGACACAAUGCCGCCUAAAGGCAUCCGCCGGACAAUGAUGUUCAGUGCUACCUUUCCCAAAGAAAUCCAGAUCUUGGCUCGUGACUUCCUGGAGGACUACAUUUUCCUCGCAGUGGGGCGUGUUGGUUCCACUUCUGAAAACAUUACCCAGAAGGUGGUCUGGGUAGAGGAGACUGACAAGAGGUCCUUCCUCCUUGACUUGCUCAAUGCCACUGUUAUUCCCAGUGAGGUUCAGGAAAAUGUGACAGAGGCCCCAGAGAAAACGGGGAAAGACUCCCUGACUCUGGUGUUUGUGGAAACAAAGAAAGGAGCAGAUGCUCUGGAGGACUUCCUUUACCGCGAGGGUUACGCAUGCACCAGCAUCCACGGAGAUCGGUCUCAGAGAGACAGAGAGGAAGCUCUGCAUCAGUUCCGGUCUGGACGCUGUCCCAUCUUGGUGGCUACAGCUGUGGCUGCUAGAGGUCUGGACAUCUGCAACGUGAAGCAUGUUAUCAACUUUGAUUUGCCCAGUGACAUUGAAGAAUACGUUCACCGUAUUGGCCGUACGGGACGUGUGGGCAACCUCGGUCUGGCCACGUCGUUCUUUAACGACAAAAACAGCAACAUAACCAAAGAUUUGCUGGACAUUCUGGUUGAGGCCAAGCAGGAGGUUCCCUCCUGGCUUGAGAGCUUGGCCUACGAGCACCAGCACAAGAGCAACAAUCGUGGGCGCUCUAAGAGGUUCUCUGGAGGUUUCGGAGCUAGAGACUACCGUCAGACAUCUGGCUCUGGAGGUUUCAGUAACAACCGUUCAGGGCGCAACCCUGGAGGCCAUGGAGGGAACCGUGGCUUUGGUGGAGGUGGAUUUGGUGGCAACUUCUACAGCAACGACAGCUACGGAGGAAACUACAGCCACUCGGGUAGUGUGGAUUGGUGGGGAAACUAGUCACCAUAGGAAUAGGUUGCCAUGCCAACCCAGUGGAAACCACAUGUUGACUUACGCCAGACCAUAAAAAAAAAAACCUUCCCUGUGUAGCUUCACUGACACACAGUACAUUACCAACCCUGGUUCUCUGCCAUUCGCUUCUCUCUAAAAGGAAGUGCAGCACGAAGCAAAGGAAAGUCACCAGCACGUGCAGCACGCCGGAGACCGCAGAGAUUUCGCACACCUCAGAGUGAGCAUGGAUGCUGACAUGCAUUGUCCGACAGCAACCUCGGACUUUCAUUGUUAAAAAGUAUUUUUGUUCUUUUUGUGAAGGGGAAAUCCUCCCCGACCGAGUAGCCUGAGGAUCAUUUGUAUGUUAAUGUACUGUGCCUUUUGAAUUUAAACAGGAAAUCUAUGUUUUCAUUUCACCAGAUGAACCUGGCCAAGAGCUAAAAAUUGUUUUACUAUUACUUUGUUUGGUGAAAAAUAUUGGAAGGGUAAAAUAAGCUUGGACUUGAUCAAACCUUGGCAAACACUGGGGUGUUGUGGCUCUCAGGAGUCAUGACUCCAUUUGAACUUUAAAUUUACUGCAGGAACAUCAUGUAGCCUUUUCUAUACUCAAACAGCUAAUGGAGCCAUUACUAUAUCAAAUACAAGCUGGGCCACUCUGUAAGGCAACCGUAUUUUAAUCGUAAGGGACAAAGUUACACUUGUUUUGUUCUUUUUUGCUCACUCUAUCCUGGACAGGCUCCUUUUUUACAGAAAUGGUAGUCUUUGAAAUAGCCAUUCCUAUUGUAAUCUUAAGAAACACAGAAGUCAUUAAGCUCAGUGCCAACUAAUCGCUGAGGUUGAAACGGGAAUAAUCAAUGCUGGAACUUGUUACUCCAUGCUUUUCAAUUGACUUGACAGUGUUACGGCAGCUAGUAUGUUACCAAGUGCUAGCUACAUUAAGUGGGCGGUGUUUUUUGUUUCUUUUUACUUGAGACCUUUUUGAUGCAGGUGUAUGCAAAAUUGAAAAACUGGUUCAGUUUUUUGAUUUGUUUUGUUGUUUUUUGAAUUGUUUCUCUACAAAUGUGUAACAAAACAAAAAAUGCCUGCCAUCUUGAAAGUGAAGUUCAAAAUGGCUGCAUAAAGGACCACAGCAUCGGGAGGGCAUAGCGCAGUGUUAGUGUUUACCUGAAUCGACCUGCAAUCACGAGGCCCACACGGUAUUCUACGCUUGCAAGUGUUUUUGUUUUUUGGUCAAGGAGAAAGGACACGUGAACUGAGUCGCAGGCUUAAAUUAAUUACAGACGUUUUCUCUUUUCAAGCUGCGUUGGAGGCAUGGUUCAUCUUAAGGAGACAGGCAUUUGAAUGAUCACUGAGGUUUUUCAAUUAAACAGUGAGGAUGCGGGGUAGAGCAACACUCCGACCACUGGGGUUUGGGGGGGUGGGGGGGUUG